GCCUUCCCGAUUCAUUUUGCCGACAUGGCGCAGGCGGAGGCGCAGCAGCGAGGGGACGAGAGACGGCAAAGCUUCUGAAAUUACAUUUUACAGCAAAGCAACGCCGCGGAAAGCCCGAUUCUAACAGGAUCUUUUAGUUUUACACGCUUUAGAUCCCAGUCCUGCUUUUGGGUUAACAAAACUGAAGAUUAAAGAUGAUGUCCGAUGCCAGUGAUAUGUUGGCAGCCGCUUUGGAGCAAAUGGAUGGCAUUAUAGCAGGAUCCAAAUCCCUUGACUAUUCCAAUGGGAUCUUUGACUGCCAGUCUCCAACCUCACCAUUCAUGGGAAGCCUGCGGGCGCUGCACCUAAUCGAGGAUCUCAGGGGUGUUUUGGAGCUCAUGGACACAGAAGAGAGAGACGGAUUGCGCUGUCAGAUACCCGACUCGACAGCACGCAGUCUGGUGGACUGGCUACAGGGACACCUAUCAAAUGGGCACAUUUCAGUCACUGGUGAUAUUUACCAGGACAGACUUAAUCGCCUUGAAAGUGACAAGGAGUCCCUUGUGCUUCAGGUGAGUGUCUUGACAGACCAAGUGGAAGUGCAAGGAGAAAAAAUAAGAGACCUAGAUUUGUGCCUUGAGGAACACCGUGAAAAACUGAAUUCAACUGAGGAAAUGCUACAACAGGAACUUAUCUCUAGGUCAACGCUUGAGGCCCAGAAGCUGGAGCUGAUGGCUGAGAUUUCCAAUUUAAAGCUAAAGCUGACUGCCAUGGAGAAAGAGAGAAUGGACUUUGAUGAAAGAUUCAGAGAUAGUGAGGGUUUGAUCUUAGAAAAUAACGAGUUGAGGUAUCGCAUUUCCGAGAUGGAGAACGAACGGUUGCAGUACGAGAAGAAACUGAAGUCCACCAAGUCGCUAAUGGCAAGACUGUCUAGCCUGAAAAUCAAAAUGGGCCAGAUGCAGUAUGAAAAACAGAGGACGGAACACAAAAUCCAGGCACUCGAGGAGGACCUGGCUAUAUUAAGAAGGCAGCUGGAUGGUAAAGAUGGAGAACUAAGGCGGCUACAGGAUGAGACGGGGUCCAGAUCGCCCACACCUGCAGGCUUAGAAACCACUGAGAGAGAGGAUACUUUUAAGCAGAAGCUCAAAGAGAAACAUUUGGAAGUGCAAAGAAUGAAGAAAGCGGUUGAGUCACUUCUGGCAGCCAAUGAAGAGAAGGAUCGCAAGAUCGAUGAGCUCCGGCAGUUGCUUACACGUUACAAGAAGGUGCAAGACAUGGUCAUGUCAGUGCAAGGGAGAAAAGAAAAAUGUAAUGACGAAGAAAGCGAUGAUAGUCACAGUGACAGCUCUCUCUCCAUGUCCACCGCGAUGUCUGUUUCCGUGGACACCGAGAAGUCCGUCCUGUCAUGUGCUGAGGAAGUGAAGAGCCAAGAUGAGACGACGAUGUUUGUCAGCACGCUGCAGGUGCCUUCGCUCUCAUCCACACCACAAGCCAGAUUAGAGACUGAUGCAGACCUGGAGCUAGUGCAGCCACAGAGUGAUGCAGUGCAUCAGGAGCAAAGCCAGUCACAGGAGCCUGCCAUAAAUACCAGUCUGGAAAGACUGAACGUCCCCAAAUCUAGCAGCCUGAGCACACUGGACGGCAGCACAAGUGAAAAGAGGCCUCUGGCAGUUGGAAAGAGUCCAGCAGAGAGUCGUGCUUUUGACGAGUUCAACAAAAUCACGACCUUGCCGCCGAAGUCCACUAACAGCUCCCGUACUGUUGAAGAUGACGCUUUUGGUACAAAGAAAGCGAGAUCCUCAUUUGGACGAGGUUUCUUUAAACUCAAAGGCAACAAGAGAACAGCCAGUGCUCCAAAUCUGGCUGAGACAGAGCGUGACGGCAUGGACCAUCUGGAUCUUGCAGGGAUGCCACAGAAGUCAAGCAACAGUGACAGCACACAUACUCUUUCCAGCUGCCUAGAGGGCAAGAAGAAAUCAAAGGGAAUCAAAGCAUUCUUAGGAAAGCUUACAAGAAGUCAGUCAACCACAUUCACUUUGGAUGACAACCUAUCAGAGAAUGAGUUCAAGCGCGGAGGAGUCCGAGCCACAGCCGGGCCUAGGCUGGGAUGGUCACGUGACCUGCACAACCCAAACAGUGAGGUGGAUGCUCCGUUUGCACGCUGGUCCCGGGAGCAGGUGUGUGACUGGAUGCAGGAGCAGGGACUCGGGCUGUAUGUGAACCUGGCCAGACAGUGGAUUUCCUCAGGACAGACUCUUCUUCAGGCUUCAACACAGAACUUAGAAAAGGAGCUAGGGAUCAAGCAUCCUCUCCACAAAAAGAAACUGCAACUGGCUCUUCAAGCUCUGGGUUCUGAGGAAGAUGACAACAAAGGCAAACUAGAUUACCAAUGGGUAACAAGGUGGCUUGAUGAUAUUGGACUUCCUCAGUACAAAACUCAGUUUGAUGAGGCAAGAGUGGAUGGCAGAAUGCUUCACUACAUGACUGUGGAUGACCUGCUGUCUCUGAAAGUGGGCAGCGUGUUGCAUCACCUCAGCAUUAAGCGAGCGAUCCAAGUGCUCCGCCUCAGCAAUUACGAGCCCAACUGUCUGCGUCGCAGACCCUCAGACGAGAACAACAUCACUCCGGCUGAAAUCUCUCAGUGGACCAAUCACCGUGUGAUGGAGUGGCUGCGCUCUGUAGAUCUGGCAGAAUACGCACCCAAUCUGAGAGGCAGCGGAGUCCAUGGAGGACUGAUGGUUCUCGAGCCUCGCUUCAAUGUGGAAACCAUGGCGCUGCUUCUAAACAUUCCUCCCAACAAGACCUUGCUCCGAAGACACCUGGCCACACAUUUUAACCUGCUGGUGGGCUCUGAGGCCCAGCAGUCGAAGCAGGAGUGUAUAGAGAACCCUGAUUACACUUUACUCACUGCAACCGCUAAGGUCAAGCCUCGAAAACUGGCAUUUGGGAGCUUUGGGACUUUGAAGAAAAAGAGGCAGGAGGAUAGUGAGGAGUAUGUGUGUCCCAUGGAUGUGGAGAUGCCAAAAGGACACAGUUUCCAGAAGGGCCUCAGAGGGCUGGAGCUGCACAUUUACGAGGAUGACCUGGACCGCCUAGAACAGAUGGAGGAUUCAGAGGGAACAGUGCGACAAAUUGGGGCUUUUUCAGAAGGCAUCAACAACUUGACGAGUAUGCUGAAAGAUGAUGAGUUCUUUAAUGAGAUUGCAACAUCGUCCCCCAACCCCAGCGUGACUGACGAUGACUCCAAUGUUUAAAGACUUUUUUUUGGACAUGACUGUCCAUAGCUGCUGUGAUCACAACUUGACUGUGCCAACCUCUCUGCACAUCUCGCUUUCUCUCUCUUUUUUUAUCUUUCUUUUUCUCGAUCUGUCAGUGCUAACUAUACCUUAUAAGUGUAUUCACUUAAUGUAAAAGAACCACAUCACAGUAUUUGCCUCAGUACAGUGCAGAGUAGGUGUCAUUCUUUAAGCUAAAAUAUGGGUCAUGGGUGUGUAUAUGUUUCCCUGAAGCAGCUGCGUGUAUUGAAUUGUCAGUCUUGUCUUUGCCUAAAAUUGUAUGAAUACAAUGUAAUUAUGCUUCAGGGACACAUUUUUAUAGAGAGUUUUUAAUGAGAGAAAAAAUGGCAGCCCUACUGUAGUUUGCCUCCCAAUUGGGAACUGGAUCGUUGAUGCAGUUUUUUCGACUGGCCUUCCACUCUCAUUCUUUAUGUCCAAUAUGGCAAACAGCACAAUGACACUUUUAGCCUCUGAUUAAUCGGAUUUAAACACUUUGCGGGAACAACAGCCAAAUUCUACAAUGACCACAUGAUGUCUGCCAUAUUUAUAUUUUUCUCAAAACAUUUCACAGUAUUUUAUAAAUUUAUACAAGGUGCAUUGGCAUGUGAUAUUUAUAACAGUAUGAAAAAUCUUCUGAAAGAAUGGUGGCCCAUCCGGGUUACAUUCCUAAAUUGUCCCCAGUGUUCUUUGGAAAUACACCAUAUAAACCAUGACCUAUAGCCAAGAUAAGACAAUAACUGAAAAUAAAAUGGAAUGAAAACACAGUACCAUGUAUUGGAUGCCCUGUUUGUAUAGUUGCAUGUUAUUUAAGCGUUUCAGUUUUUAUUUAUAUAUAUAUAUAUAUAUAUAUAUAUAUAUAUAAUAUAUAAAUGUGUGUAUAUAUAUAUAUAUAUAUAUAUAUAUAUAUAUAUAUAUAUAUAUAUAUAUAUAUAUAUAUAUAAAUGUAUAUAUAUUUUGCAACAAUUAACAUAUCAAAAACUGUUCUUACUGUUCUUUGAUUACUCAUCAAAGCAAUGAUUUUUUGGCAUCCAUACUUGUGCAUUAUGCUCAAAGGUGAAUAAAUAAAAAAAUAUAGCACAGUCUCA